GCGGGCUGACGGGCCGCGGCGCUGGCCGGCUGGUAGUUCCUUUUGGGCCUGGGUCGUUGGGCCUGCCCGGGUUCUCUCGCUCCAUGGUACGCCUGUGAGUCACGUUGCCGGCGGACGUCUCCUCGGGAUGGAGCACAUCCGUACGACCAAGGUUGAGCAAGUGAAAUUACUUGACCGAUUCAGUACCAGCAACAAGUCACUAACAGGAACGCUCUAUCUUACGGCCACACAUCUAUUAUUUAUAGACUCUCAUCAGAAAGAAACCUGGAUAUUGCACCACCAUAUUGCCUUAGUAGAGAAACUAGCUUUGACUACUUCUGGAUGCCCACUGGUGAUUCAGUGCAAGAACUUCAGGAUUGUGCAUUUCAUUGUUCCCAGAGAAAGAGAUUGCCAUGAUAUUUACAAUUCUUUGCUACAGCUGUCAAAACAAGCAAAAUAUGAAGAUCUCUAUGCAUUCUCUUAUAAUCCCAAACAAAAUGAUUCGGAACGACUACAGGGUUGGCAGCUCAUUGACCUUGCCGAGGAAUAUAAGAGGAUGGGAGUGCCGAAUUCAAACUGGCAGCUGUCUGAUGCCAACCGAGAAUACAAGAUUUGUGAAACUUAUCCCAGAGAACUUUAUGUUCCCCGAAUAGCAAGCAAACCAAUAAUUGUUGGUAGUUCCAAGUUCCGGAGCAAGGGAAGAUUCCCAGUUCUUUCCUAUUAUCAUCAAAAUAAAGAGGCUGCCAUUUGUCGAUGUAGUCAACCACUAUCAGGAUUCAGUGCCAGGUGCCUGGAGGAUGAACAUUUGCUUCAAGCCAUUAGUAAAGCCAAUCCAGUCAAUCGCUAUAUGUAUGUCAUGGAUACCAGGCCCAAACUGAAUGCAAUGGCCAACAGAGCAGCUGGAAAAGGUUAUGAAAAUGAAGACAACUAUUCUAACAUUAGAUUUCAGUUUGUUGGAAUUGAAAAUAUUCAUGUCAUGCGGUCCAGCCUUCAGAAAUUAUUGGAAGUCAAUGGUACCAAAGGGCUUUCUGUCAGUGAUUUCUAUUCUGGUUUGGAGAGCUCAGGAUGGCUUCGCCAUAUCAAAGCUGUUAUGGACGCUGCAAUCUUCUUAGCCAAGGCAAUAAUGGUUGAAAAUGCAAGUGUGUUGGUACAUUGUUCUGAUGGUUGGGAUAGGACUUCCCAGGUUUGUUCCCUUGGCUCUCUUUUAUUGGAUUCCUACUACAGGACAAUCAAAGGAUUCAUGGUUUUAAUAGAAAAGGAUUGGAUCUCUUUUGGACAUAAGUUUUCAGAGAGGUGUGGCCAUUUGGAUGGUGACCCAAAGGAAGUCUCACCGGUGUUCACUCAGUUCUUGGAGUGUGUGUGGCAUUUGACUGAACAGUUCCCACAAGACUUUGAAUUCAAUGAAGCAUUUCUUCUUCAGAUCCAUGAACAUAUUCACUCAUGCCAAUUUGGAAACUUCCUUGGAAAUUGUCAGAAGGAAAGAGAAGAGCUCAAGUUAAAGGAAAAGACUUACUCCCUGUGGCCAUUUCUCCUGGAUGACCAAAAGAAGUACUUAAAUCCUCUCUACAGCUCCAAAUCUCCGAAAUUUGCAGUUUUGGAGCCAAAUACAGUAUCUUUCAAUUUUAAGUUUUGGAGAAACAUGUACCACCAAUUUGAUCGAACAUUGCAUCCUAGACAGUCCGUGUUUAAUAUAAUUAUGAAUAUGAAUGAGCAAAAUAAGCAGUUAGAGAAAGAUAUUAAAGACUUAGAAUCUAAAAUUAAGCAACGUAAAAAUAGGCAAACAGAUGGAAUUCUCACCAAGGAAUUGUUACAUUCAGUUCAUCCUGAAUCACCUACCCUCAAAACUUCCUUGUGUUUUAAGGAGCAAACUCUGUUGCCUGUGAAUCAUGCUCUUCGAACUAUAGAGGGCAGCAACCCAGCAGAUAAUCGUUACAGUGAAUACGCUGAAGAAUUCUCCAAGUCGGAACCUGGUGUGGUCAGCUUAGAGUAUGGUGUGGCCAGAAUGACCUGUUAGAUCCGUAGAGUAUUUUCUGGACUGACUGUAGUGCAAGAAUUGGAUUCUUGUGAGAAUGAUGUGCGCAUGACCAAAAGGAAUUUGUCAAAUAAUGAUCUUAGAGUUUAAUAGUUGAAGAAAGGAUAAUAACUGCUCUUGUGAGAGAAGUAAGUCCGUUUAAUUGCAUUUCCAGCAGGGAAUGACUUUAAGUUCUUUAAGAAACGAGUGGUGUUGGCAGAUUUAUUCAAAACACAGUUUGUACUGUAUACUAGUGAAUUGACAUUUCUGUAUGAUUUAUAUGUUAAUUACAGCCAAACAAUUCUGAAUAACCUUCCUUAACUAUAACUUAAUUGCCAGGAAACAAAACUCGACAAAGUUCUCCCUUAAUAAUUGACAUGGCAUGUACUUUUGAUUAUAUAACUCUGUAACUAUGGAUAUUUACAUAUUUUGCCUAUUAGUGAUGUUUAAUGUUGAAGUGCCAUGAAAAAUAUUUUAAGAAAGCCUUAAAAUUGCAACUUAUUCUUAAGUUUCAUAGCCAGGAGCAGGUUUUUGGGUUCUUUGGUUUUUUUUCUUUGGGUCAGCCUUGUUUUUAUUUGUAAAGAAUUGCACCAUCAUCACUGCAGGGCCUGCAUGCUACAACAGUCCUGUAUAAACAGAUGUGCACGUACAGUGUUAAGUUCAUGGUCAGCUGCUCCCACAUCCAUAUUCAAAAUUAAUGAAACUGAAGGUUUUAUCCUGAUUACAGUUUGUACAGUGCUACAUUUGAUGACAUUAUUUACAACUUAGAUUAUUGACUUCUUGAAUAUGUGUAAACUUAUUUGACUGUCUUUUAUGUAUGGAUUACUGCAUUCUUUUGAUUCUUACUUUGUGGUUGGCUUUAUUCCUUGGAUAACUGUGUAACUUUAAAAAGCUAAGGCUCUAAAACUGUUCUUAGAAACAACGAAGAAUGUGUAUGUGUACACACACAUACUGUUUUCUCUCUCAAUGAGUUGCUCUUCCUAGAACAGGCUUUCAGUUUCCCCCAAACUUUGGGGUUAAAAAAAAGGAAGUACAGAUAGUUUAGAUUUUGCUUGGUUGCAUGAAUUUUAAAGCAGCCAUUUCUAUGUGGAACAUUUUUUCUUCUCCAUUAACAUAGGAAUAAAAAAGGAAAAUUAAGGAUAGCCUAGUACAAAGUUAAUGUUUAGCAGGAACAACUUAAAUGCUAGGAAAAGUUUCAUUUUGCCAUGUUAUAUUAACUGUUCUGUGUGCUACUAACAUAUCUUUACAUGACAAAAAAAAAAAAAAACAAUUCACAUGCAAUUGAUGGUAUUACCCAGCUGGCUUUAAAAUUGAAGGUUUAAGUAACAUGACUGACAAGAGGUAUGAUUCAGGGGUAAUAGGAAACCUGGAUAGGAUCCCUAAUGCUUCUCUUUACUGUACUUAUAUCUAUUAUAUUAGUUUUGAGCAUAAAUAUCUUUUUCAAAUGGAAAAAAAGCUUUAUUGUAUGAGAACUUAUCUAAUCCUGUUUAUUUUUCCAAUGCUUUUGUGUAAUGCAUUAUGUAAUAAGAAAAAUACUGCUUUUUAAACAGUAACAGAAAUGUACUAUUAAAUAUAGUUUGUGAUUUAGCCAAGCCUAUUUCCAUACUUAAGCACUGGGACAGAAAACUUAAUCUUUGUGACCACAAAGGGAAACUUUUGUGCCUUUUUCCUUGGUUCCAGUUACCGAUUAUGGUUUUGGAAUCUUCCAUGGCAGACUUCUUAUAUUCAAAUGUUUUUUUGGUUUAUUAUUAUCUUCAACUUCAGGCAUAUAUAUGUGUGUUUAUGUGCUCACACAUGGACUGAGAAAUCAGUUAACAUCUUAAGUGACCUACAGGGUAUAUGUUGGCAAAAAGCAGAUUGUGUAUAUGUCUUACAAAAUUUCAGUGUGUUUGGGAAUGUAUAGCAUGUAAAUUAUUACAUAUUAUUUAAAGGAAAUUAAAUGUUCAUAUUUUACUUUGGAUGUUUUUCUUUUGGAAAAAAACAAAUGGGAUCAAGUUGUGAUUGGUUUUUUCUUUCCUCACUUAGGCAAAUGGACCUGCACAUUAUACUGAUGAUAACACUAUAAGGUUUGAGCAAGUCAUUUUCCAAAAGGUUGAUGUUGAUAAAUUAUAACUUACAUAUAAAAAUAAUUUCCAAAAUAUUUAAAAUAGGCAUAGUGGGCUAAAAGGUUCAGCAAAUAUAGUUGAUAAUGUCACUAAUUUUGGUGGAAGGCAGUGUCCAGUGAGUGUCUACGGUGUGAAAUGUCUCACCAAAGGCAGACCUAGGGAUAAAGAGGACGAUGAAAAUGACUUGCGGGAGAGAGUUUGUAUGGGCGUGUUCUGAGAGAUUAGCCGGGCCAGAAGUAGCUCAGGGAAUCCUGACCGAAUCAAGAUGGAGGGAAGUCCUUUUUUUUUCUUUAAGUUCUCUUUAUUUGGUAGAGUAGCAGGGCAGGGGGGUCGUAUCAGGAGCCGCCCCCCCCCCUUUUUUAAAAGACUUUUUUUAAGAGAAGUUUUAGGUUCACAGCAAAAUUGAAAGAAAGGUCCAGAAAUUUCUUAUAUACUCCACCAGAGUAGUACAUUUGUUACAAUUGAUAAACCUGCACUGACACAUCAUAAUCACCCCAAGUCCAUAGUUUGCCUUAGGGUUCAUUCUUGGUGGUGUAUAUUCUGUGGGUUUUGGACAAAUGUAUAAUGACCAUAUAGGGUAUUUUUCAUGGUGCAAACAAUCCACUAUGCUCUGCCUAUCAAUCCCUCCCUAUCCCCCCAACCCCUGGCAACCACUGAUCUUUCUGUUGUCUCCAUAGUUUUACCAUUUCUAGAGUGUCACAUAGGGAUCAUACAGUGUGUGGCCUUUCAGAUUGACGUCUUUCACUUAAGUGCAUUUCAGGGUCUUCUAUGUGUUUUCAUGUCUUGAUGGCUCAUUUCUUUUUUAACACUGAAUAAUAUUCCAUUGUCUGGAUGUACCAAGUUUAUUCAUUCACCUAUUGAAGACACCUGGCUUGCUUCCAAGUCACAGCAAUUGUGAAUAAAGUUGGCUUUAAACAUC